CGAAAAAUUUUCUUAAAAAUGUUUUCAAUCUAUCUUGAAAAUUAAUGAAUUUAUCGAAUUCAAGUGUUCAAUCUUUGAAAAACAUUGAACCACCCAUUGAUCUAAUAUGGAUAAGUACAUUGAUUCUACUUGGUUCUGUGUCACUGUUAGGCACAAUUGGAAAUUUACUUGUUCUAGGCGUCUACAUACAAAAUUAUUUUUGGCCACAUUUACAUUUAAAAUAUCGUCAAGUAUAUUAUAAUCAGCAAUUACAUUUAUUAAAUAAAAAACAUGAAUUAUCUUCAACAAUUUAUGCGUCAAACAAUAUUAGCAACAAUCCGAGUAAUGACAGUCCCAAUAAAUCCAAUCAUUACAUUGUACAAAUUCACGAAUCCAAUGAACAAUUAUUCACUAGAACAACUACUGGUACACCAACAUUUUUCAUUUUAGUUUUAGCAUGUGUUGAUUUAAUGGUUUGUUGUUUCAUUGUGCCAUUGACAUUCUACAUGGAAUAUGUACAUUUACAACCACCCACAGAUAUUUGGUGUAAAACACAUGCAUUUUUAAAUAUAUGUAAUAUAAUGUUUAGUUCAUUAUUAAUUAUCGCCAUAGCAUUAGAACGUUACCUAACCAUAUGUCAUCCAUUACGUCGUAUAUUAACAAUGAAACGUGCAAAAUAUCUUACAUUAGGCUUGGCUAUCUUUUGUAUUAUUUAUGGUAUUCUCGGUGCAUUACAUCACAGUUUAGAAGUGACAGAAGAUGAACCAAACAUCAGGCAAUGCUGUGAUACACCAGAAAUUUCUAAUGCAACAUAUUUACAAAAAUUAACUUAUGAUAUUUUACAAAAAGGUAAUACAGCCAGUUUUAUUCUAUGCAUCCUAUCAGUGAUUAUUUUAUACUCAUUAAUUUUACGUGUUGUAAUUAAAACACAUCGUAUGACAACAACACGUGAUUGGAAUGUGUCAUCUGCAAUAAACAAUGAUAUCACAUCGUCGUAUCAACAAACUAUGAACAUGAUGAUUAAUAAUGAUCAGUCGAAGCGAGUUCAUUCAAAUCAAAUGAAAAAUGAUAUUUUAUUGAAUGAUUUAAACAAUAACACUGAUGAUAAUCAUCAAAGCAUUGAACAUUUAACCUCAACACCGACAACAACAACAGCCAUACAUCGUAAAAGUAUCACAAAUCGUAUAAAAAUGAAUUUAUCCAUUAAAAAUAUCACUGAGAGUACAUUAUGGCGUGAAAUACGUUCAGCUAGUGUAUUAUUUGUUGUAGCUAUUGUCUAUAUAAUUGUAUUUACACCAGCAUUACUUACAGCUAAUAAAUUAAUACAAUUUAAUUUAUUAGCAUAUAAUACAUACUACUUAAAUAAUAUGUCUAAUCCAUUAAUCUAUUGUUUUAUGAGUAAUGCAUUUAGAAAAAAAUUAAAAAUUUUAUUAUUUAAUAGUAUAAUAUCAUCAUCAUCAACAUCAUCCUCGUCUACACCAGCAUCUCCGUCGCCAACAUCCGCAUCGUCACCAGCAUCGUCAUUAUUAUCAUUGUGUACAUGUUGUCAAUUUAAACAAAAUCAAAAACUAUCCAGUCAUCAUCACCAACGGCAACAGCAACAACAUGAUCAACAGAAACGUCUUAAACAAUAUGUUAGAGCAAGAGAAUUAAUUAAUCAUCCGAUUGAUGUGAAACAAUGAGACAAAAUGAAAAAAAUUCAUUUGUUCAAUUGGUUCAAUGUUCAAUACUGUGGCAUAGGAGAUCAGUUUCGCUGUCAAAAUCGAUAGAUUUCCUUUUUAUUAGGUUCAAUGAAACAAUGAUGUAAAAAAAAUAAUUCCGUAAACGUCAUUGUCAUUAAAACAACUAAAAUUGAUCAAGAAUUCGAUGUAUGGAUGUUAUCAUUAUUUCUAUUGAACAUUGAAUGAUUUCAAUGGCUAGUAGAGAUAGAAAAAAUGAAAGAUCAAUGGUAAUUUUCUUAUUUG